UAUAUAUAAAUAAAUUCCACAAUCACUCAGCCAUUGUGAAAGUACAUUUCGCUGAUAUCUGCUGCGCAAUUCCGCGAUCAACGGCACGACCGUGUUUUUGUUUCAACGUUUUGCAACGGCUUAACUACGAUUCGACAAGAUGACCAAGUUGAUACAACAAUUAAGUUUUAGUAGUAGUAAUUACUACGACGUUGCUGGCAUUGUUGUAGAACCAGAAGCUGCUAAAGUGAAGACCUAUCAUGGUGACGGCGCGUCCCUGAACGCGGCCGGCAGCAAGCGCACCGCUUUGUCGGCGUCCGACGCCGAGUGUUUCUCGCUCUGCCUGGGCGCCGGGCCUCUGUGGUGGUCCGAUGUCCCUGCUCACGGCUCGGCACCGCCCGGAGGGGUGAGCAGCGGGGCCUCGAGCCCCGCGACACCGUCCACCCCCACACACGACGACAACAACCGUGACUUGUUGAGCGCCCUGCUAUGGGCCAGCGCGAGCUCUCUAAGCAGCAGCGCGGAGAGUCUAUCAGGGGACUCAGUGCAAACCCACCUGGCUUUGCACCUCGAACAGAGGGAAGCGGUCAUAAGCAAGAUCUUGGAGCGUAAAGACAAACAGCCAGUCAAAAUCGAGUUUAAGAUCUUUCUAACGGAGAACACGGUUACACGCUGGGAAGCGGUUUUAAAAGGUGGUACCAUCUACCUCCGUUUACCGGGAGUCUUGCAGUCGGGGAGUAAGGAGAGCUUCAUACUUCUGCUCGACUUUGCCGAGGAGAGGCUUGGCUGUACCAACUGUAUCAUCUGUAUUCUCAAGAAUCGUUCGGACCGAGCCACACUCCUCCGCACGUUUAUGUUCAUGGGUUUUCAACUUUUGCCCCCCACUUCACCUCUGAUGCAGGAGAUAAACAAUCCUGAAUACGUUUUCUUGCACUACAAUAUGCAGUAACUGUCCUUGGUGUUGCCAGAUACCACCUACCAUCCUAGUAAAAAAUAUCAAUGUCGCUAGGUAAAGAAAUUACUUUGUCAAUAAAAUAACACCGUUUUGAUUAGUUUUAGGUAUCGCCAAGGACGGUUUUUUGACAGCUUUUUUCGAUUAAAAAAAAAGUGUAACUUAAGUAUAAUUUUUUCGUAAUUUUCCUAGUAGAAUGUAGAAUUUUAAGCUGUCAUUGAAUAAACAGUAUUCGAAGAGCACUUUCUCGUUUAAUAUCGCAUCGGGCUUGCAUAGUGGUAAGGCGCCAACAAGUCUAGUUUUUUAGGUACCCUAUUUAGUAUAUUCUUAUUAUUAUUAUUAUUAUUAUUAGGUAAUGCUCGAGUUUCUUUUGAUUCCUUCAACUAGGUAGAUUUAUUUCGAGAACAUCUGUCACCGUUAAAGAAGUCAAAGGGAAUUUGAGUUUGUAGUUUUUACGUUCUAUGGUAACAAAUUUAAAUAUUAAAUGAUAAAUUUCUAUUAAAAUUUGUAAGUGUAGAAGUUAUUUUCUUUGUUAAUUGUACUAUCGGAUAUACGUCGUCGUGUUUAUUCAUCCGCUCCGGGGGUAGAGGAAAAUAAACUAAAAUUAAAAAAAAAAAAA